AUGCUCAGGUCGACUAAAUUAAGGAAACACGUGGCAACAUUGUGUCAACUUCUGGACCUCUCGAACCAAGAGCUGGAGCAGGUUGCAAAGUUCAGGGGCCACGACAUCAGAGUCCACUGCAACUACUACAGACAGACUGAUAAAACCUUUCAAGUGGCUAAAGUUGGGAAGCUGUUGUUUGCAAUGGAAGGUGGGGCAGAGGCCCUAAAGGGAAAGACCCUCCAGACGCUGGAUGCAGCUGUCUGUGACCAAACAGAGCUUCAGAACAGUGACUUGGAGGCUGAGGCUGAUGGUCCCAUGGACAAGCUUUCUGAUGCGUGUGCUGAAGUGUCUGAUGAAGAGGAGCUAGAGCCGACCUUCACAAAGGCCCAGAAAAACAAACGGACCAAGAGGACAGAUGCGUGUGCUGAAGUGUCUGAUGAAGAGGAGCUAGAGCCGACCUCCACAAAGGCCCAGAAAAACAAACGGACCAAGAGGACAGAUGCGUGUGCUGAAGUGUCUGAUGAAGAGGAGCUAGAGCCGACCUCCACAAAGGCCCAGAAAAACAAACGGACCAAGAGGAUAGAUGCGUGUGCUGAAGUGUCUGAUGAAGAGGAGCUAGAGCCGACCUCCACAAAGGCCCAGAAAAACAAACGGACCAAGAGGAUAGAUGAAGCUUCUAGAAACCCUGGAGUGAGCCGUGGAGAAGAGGAUGGGGAAGUACCUGGCUCUGUGUGCUGUGCCUCACACAGGAGUCUGCAGCCCUCAUCAACAGAACCUGGAAGGACCUCAAUCUUCAAGAACUCUAAAAUUAUAGAUGCCAGGAGAUCAGCUGCCGUGACCCGGAUUCGAACCGGGGUUGCUGCGGCCACAACGCAGAGUACUAACCACUAUACGAUCACGGCUGGUGAAGUCAUCUCGAUAGACUGCAAACCAUCUCCAAAAUAA